AUGGUCCUCAGAGCCAUUGAUUCGAUUCGUGGUAGUGUCAUCAAUGCCUCGGUAGCGACAACCACACCAAUGGCAAACAUUGCGGUACCAUCAAUGAAAUCUUCCACUGUGAUACCAACUGUCGAAUUGGUACUAGGCACUAUUACGUAUUUGGUUAUCAUUGCUAUGACAGUGGUUGGUAACACGUUGGUCGUCGUUGCUGUUUUCAGCUAUCGCCCGCUGAAAAAAGUCCAAAAUUACUUCUUAGUGUCGCUGGCUGCAUCAGAUCUGGCGGUGUCAAUAUUUGUAAUGCCUUUACACGUCGUCACGUUUCUCGCAGGGGGCAAAUGGUUACUCGGAGCUGUCGUUUGCCAAUUCUUCACUACUGCCGACAUUUUACUGUGCACCUCAUCAAUCUUGAACCUUUGCGCGAUAGCCUUAGACAGGUAUUGGGCGAUUCAUGAUCCUAUCAAUUAUGCGCAAAAGCGAACUCCAAAAUUCGUUUGCGUCAUCAUUGUGGUGGUGUGGAUUCUGUCGAUUUUCAUCUCAGUCCCCCCGAUCAUUGGUUGGAACAAUUGGAGCUUGCAAACGCUCAAUGAUAGCUGUAGCCUCUCAACGGAAAAAGCAUUUGUCGUGUUUUCGGCGGCCGGAUCAUUUUUUCUUCCAUUAUUGGUGAUGGUGGUGGUGUACGUGAAAAUCUUCCUAAGCGCACGUCAGCGAAUCCGCACGAAUCGAGGUCGAAGUGCCCUGAUGAGAAUCCAAAACGCUGAAGGUGACGAUGACCGGAAAAUGUCUAUUAAACGCGGAUCCGUGGAAUCCGCUAGAACAUCGAGUCGGGUAGGAGAGAAGACUCCACUGGUGAUUGCCGAUAAACAUACAACGGUCACGACUAUCGCCAUCCCGUCUACGGAUGGCGGAAGAGACGAGACAACCAAGCAUAUGAAAUAUCAUAAUAAUGGGUCCUGCAAGGUGAAAGCAAAGGAUUUGAAACCUGAGGAUGACGAAAAUCCUACAACAGUUUUAAGGAAACGCGAGAAGAUUAGUGUUGCAAAAGAAAAACGAGCAGCAAAAACCAUAGCAGUUAUUAUUUUUGUAUUCUCGUUUUGCUGGCUGCCAUUCUUCUGCUCGUAUUUGAUACGUCCAUUCUGCUCUUGGUGCAAUAUUAAUCCAAAGAUCGAUCAAGCAUUCACCUGGCUCGGAUAUAUCAACUCCUCGCUGAACCCUUUUCUCUAUGGAAUUUUGAACUUGGAAUUCCGUCGAGCUUUCAAGAAGAUACUAUGCCCAAAAACGGUAUUGGAACAGAGAAGAAGACGCUUGAGCGCGCAACCAUGA